UGAUAUUCUAAUUUUUUGGAAAGGGUCUGUGUGUAUAUAUAUAUAUAUAUAUAUGUAUAUUUAGCAUGCCACAGACCCUUAUUUGAGAAUCACUGCUAUAAACUGUAGAAGGGGGGGAUAGCAUAAACACGUGAGCGGCUUUUGUUGAGCCAACUUGUGAUGGCUAGAUGACUGGUCAGAGCAACUCCAAAAUGGCAGUUCUUGUUGGGGUUUACCGGUAAUGCAGUGGUUAGUACCUAUCAAAAGUGGUCCAAGGAAGGGCAACUGUUGAACCAGUGACUGGGUCAUGGGGCUCCGAGACUCACUGAAGCACUGGCCAAGCGAAAACUAGCCUUUGUGGUCCAGUAUGGUACAAAAGAACUACUAUAGCCCAAAAACCAGAAUCCUUACCAGCGGCUCCAAUAGUGAGGUGUCAGAACCCAGUGCAUCGCAACUAUCUACCCAGCUACAUACUGGUUAGUGCCCGUGCUGACUCCUGUUCACAGCUGAAAGUGCCUACAGUGGGCAUAUGAGUGUCAAAACUGGGGUGCUGAGGGCAGUACUUGUAAGCAGGUGGCCUGGUCUGAUGAGUAAAGUCUUUCAUAUCAUGUGGACUGGUCAGUGUAUGUGUGUGCAUCAUUUAUCUGUGAAACAGUGACAGGAUGCAGUAUUGGAAGAAGGCAAGCGAGCUGGGGCAGUGUGAUGGCUCACCUGUCAGAGCCAUCAAGGAGGAGUUCCACAGGAUUGCAGGUCAAUGAUGUAGAGAUCUGUUUAGUUCAUUUUAAAUCAUAUUCUGUUAAUGACAUUGUGCUGCAACCUCAGACUUGAACAGUGUUUUUACAUUUAAUCUUAAGCUGCUGCCCAGUGCGCUUCUCCCCCCGCAGGAUUACACCUAAAUGAAAUGAAUUAACGGCUACCAUUCAAGCAGUUUUCCUGUAAUAUCAUUGUGAUUGCAUAGGACGACAUUUAAACUUACGUGUUGACCCGAGCAGCAGUGUUCUCCAUGGCGUCUCCCUCUGUGUUGCAGCUGCAGCAGUGUUGCACUUCUUUUUAAACACGCGUUCAAACUCACCGUAUGAGCGCAUUAAGAUCUCCAGUUCCAGUGGGUGAAAUACGCAGCCCUCCGCUUCCCCGUUGCCAUAGUGACUGUCAAAUCAGGGCUCCAUUGAUGCUGGCUUUUUAUAGUUGUGGUGCACGCGCUUAACUCCAGGUGAAACUACUCCGAGUUAAUUUAACUAACUCAAAUCCGCUGUUCUGGAACCAGAAACUCAGAGUUUCCUAUCUCCGAGCAGAUCAACUCAGAGUUCAGGAUUAGACUCAGAGUUUGUUGAACCUGCUUUGUAAAACGGACCUCUAGACACAGGAGGUCCGUGGUUUCUUAGGGCUAGUUCUAAAGACGUGGUAUCUGACCAUGUCAUAAAUAGGAGCUAACUUUGACUUGCUAGCAGUUUGGAAAACUUUCCCUACUUUGCUCAGUCCCCUGCAAUUCUGUCCAUGUGUUGCAUUGAAUCCAGCUGCCAGUGCGGCACACCUCAUGUCCUGUCUGAAAGGAAUGUAACUCCCAUGUUGUUAAGCAGCACUACAGAGCUGGGUUUGUCUUGUAGCCUUCAACAGUAAACAGCCUGCAGCAAUAUCCAGUAAACAUAGAAUGUACCACCCCAGUCUGUAUAGCCAUUAUUUCAAUUAGUAAGAUAUACAAGUUGAGGUGGUUAUGGAAAAAAGACUAAGUCUGUGGAAUGGCAUAGAUUGAUAAUGCUACCUUGAUGUCGCAGAGAGUGCCUGGAACUUGGAUUUUGUAAAACUUUCUGGCCGGUGCCCAAGUUUAACUUCAGGAGCUCACUCCCUGAGCAGGAUGGGUCCAGCAGAGACAAAAGCAAAACCAGUGGAAAGAGACAUAUGUGAUGUUUUUGCUCUGUUGUUUUUGUAUCACGUACUCAAUGUCGAACUACCCAUCCACUAAUUUUCCUUUUUAUUUGAUUCCCAGACAAGUGAAGCGCCUAAUUCGAGUCAUCACUUGAAAGAUUGCUCUCCAUGCGAUGCAAACUGGAUAUUCCUACAACCCGGCAGGAGGAGCCUAUGUUCCCGCAUCUCAGGACAACAGCGUUCGACCUUUGCCAGCAGAUCACCUGCCAAGUGGAAUGCAAAUCAGCAUAGUUGCUGCUCAGUCUCCUGGGGAGCUCAAAGUGGCUUACGGUCCAGCUCGGUGUAAGCAAGGCCAUGGACAAUCACAACAUUUUCAGGUCGGCAAGAAUUUUGGAAUAUUUGCAAAUGCCAACCCCAUAAGACAAUAUGCUGACAGUAGUGGACAACAAAGGUACUCUUCCAAGCACUGUUUAGGUGAACAUUUGCGAAACAGUUCAACGUUGAGCAAUAGCACUGGGCCAAGCGGUCAGCUAUCCACAGAAAUAGUGUUGGCAGUUGGAGCACCCAAAUUAUAUACAGAUUAUGAAAUAUGUGAAUUUGUUAAACAGAAGGUUGCUGCUUUCGCCAGUAAGGACUGCCCUAAUGACAGUGACUCACCACUCCAGUCUCACAGCAACAUUCCAAAGUCUAGCACUGUGACCUAUCACCUCACAUCCUCUACGUGUGACAAUGAAGAUGUGGAGAAGCAACGUCUUAGCUGCGCUGUGAUUGAGCACUGUGCGACUGCAUCUGGACAAGCAGUUGAAGAGGACAGCUCCAAGAACAGCGAAGCAAAUGCUGAGUUAACUCCCAAGUCUAAAGAUGAACAUGAAACAUCAGCAUCAGAGAGACUUUCAGCAGGUACACUCAUGUCUGAUGCAGAAAAUGCAAAACAUGCAGAUUUUGAUUUGCCAGUCAAAAAACACUUGAAUAUAAAUGAUGAAGGCAAACUUUUCUGUUCUGAUGACUCUGAAGAUAAAACAUUUGUCAGUAGUAGUGAUGAAAGUUUCCAGAGUAAAUGGUGUGAUAAGUAUGUUCUGAAUGGAGAAGCCACUCUUCACUAUUCUUUAACUGCACUGAAGGAGCUGAUUGCUAGUCUGGAAAAUGUAGAGCGUUUUGCAAAGAUCGACAACUUGUCUGAAGUCAUGCUGCAACAGUAUUGGAAUGGAGAUAUAGGUAACGUUCGUCUCUUUACAUCCACAGAAUACCCAAAGAUAAUGAAUGAAGCUGCUGUCACUUGCACAAAGACUGAAGAAGGAAGUCCAGUGGUUCUCACUGCGAUGUCAAGAACUAGCCAGGAUGAACUGACUAAGAAUGGUUCAAUACUCGGCUGCAGCUCAUCACAAGAAGAAUACAAGUCUGUUUGGAUAAACGCUGACAAGGGUGUUGGACUGCCUUCGGUUUCCUCACCUCUGAUACACAUGACACACAAGGCACGAGGAGGUAAAGGCCUAAAACCAGUGGAGGUCAACAUGCAAGGUGUGAUACAUGACCCCAAAGAUUCAUGGACUCCAAGACUCAUUGGAGAUCAAGAUGAAAAUUUAAACAAACAGAAAAACAUUGGAAAUCAACAACACUGCCCUGAUACCUGUGGGGAAGCAGCUGCACAUUCCAAGCUAAAUUCAUCAGUUGAAAAAAUUCAGACAUAUGACGCACAGUCAGUCUCUACAAACCAAAGUGAACAAUCUGUGAACCACCAAACAAGUUGUAGCAGCAGUGAUGCAAUACUUCACCCUCUUCCUGGAAGACUAGGUACAGACACCCCUUCUGUGACCAUUUUAAAAGAACAACAAUAUGAAGAUAUCUCAGAUGCAGAAGACAUGUCAGAGCUGGACACGAAACUUCCAGAGCAUGAGGAUUUACAUUUUUCAUUACGUUUAGAAGACCCAGUGUAUGAAGAUAUAAGUGAAGAUGAAAAUCCACCGAUUCAGAAUACAGAUGUGGAGAUGCCUUCAUCUCCACCUGAUGUUUCUGAACCCAGCGUUAAGCAGUAUGGACAUGUGCAGGUCCAGGUGAAGUCAAUUUUAGAUGAGAAACUGAUUGCAAUGAAGCAGAUGACACCAAAGUCACAAACACCUCAUGUAGCACAACAUUGCUCUUUUCCACAUUUCGGUGAAACAGAUGAUGACAUUGAAUGUGUGACCAGUGCUAAAUGUGACUAUGCAAGACAGGCUGGAUGGCAGAUAAACUGCUCAUAUAGUCCUUCCUCUGAUUUGAAAGAUGAAGAUGAGACUGAUGAUGAGAUGGACGAUGACUGGGACGUCAUACCUUUAGUCAUAUCAGAGCUUAAACUCGUAUUACCAGAAGAUGGGGCUGAUCCAGAAGAAGCUCUGCUGGAUGUGGAUGAACAUGGAGACAAAGUACCACAAGGUGGCUCAAGCCCGACACUUUGUGAGCUCCGCCGGCCACCUCCAGUCCAGGUCCCACCUUCUGCUUUUUCCCAGAUUGAGAUCUUUGACACGUGUGAAAGCUUUCAACGAGCGAAAGCUCUCCAGUUUGGGAUAUUUCCACAAUUUCUGUCAGAAGAGAGCUUUCCUGAGAGAGACCCAAAGCCACAUCACAGCAGAAAAGAUUGGUACUCGGAGCCUGAAGACAGCUGUGAAACAGAUGACAGUUGUAAUUACUCACCUGUGGAGGAACGCAACCAUUUAACAGUGUCUAGGAAGUUGUUGAACCACCUGUCAGCAUCUGCAUCUUCAGAGACAGAUGACUCUGAGUCUGAAAAAGAGGAUGUAAUUGAUGAGGUGACAAAUUUGCAAAAUGAUCAAAUCAGGAGCAGACAAAGCACUCAUAAAAAGGAAGACACAGGAAUCCUCACUUCUGACUCAGAGGAUGAAUGUGAUCAAAACAGCACGAAUAAAGCAAAAAGAAGAAGAAUAUCCUCUUUACAGAAGGCGGUCAGUGCUGCUGUCCCAUGCAGCCCACCAAAGAGACAUUCCCCUGACACUGUGGCUAGUGUAUGUGAAAGUGCUGAAGAAAACUUGUUAAAAAGAAGAUUUCCAGCUGCACACUCCUCAAAAAGGACAGAAAACAUAGUCAGAUCCAAGCAUGUUCAACAUGCGGUCCUGCCACAAAAUGUUUCAGAUGCUGAAAGUGUAAUAGUUAUUGACUCUGACACAGACGAUGACCAUAGCCAAAACUACAAAAAGGCAAAGAGGAAGAAGGAAUUCUCUUUAGAGUGGGCGGGCGCUGGUGAUGAUGCAUGUGUUACACAAGAGAGGACUCCCGUGGACACUGAAUAUGAAACUGCUGAAGAAAAACUCCAAGAACGCAGACCGUGUACAGACUCAUCUAAGCCACAGCACGGUUCUGAACGUCAAGAUACACUUUCAGAGAAAGAGAUGCAGGACGCAUCCUUUGACCUGUCAAACAGUGUAAAGAGGAGAGAGCUGUCUGAAGCUAGAACUGGCUCUAUGCAUGUUCAUCAAAAGACCAACACACGAAUGACAUCAAAAUGUUUCCAUGAGUCUGACCAAGUGGUGACAAAAGACCAUACCCUCAAAAAGAAGGCGAAAACGAAGAGAAGAACGCCAUCAUCAGAAGCAGAGGACAGUGAUUUGACCUUUGGUAAUGCACAGAGAAGUCCUUAUGUCAACAACAAGCCUCAAAAAACUGUUCAGUCAGCCAAAGACUCAUCCAAGAAGCCGCCCCAGUCAGGGAGGGACAGGGAUGAAGACUCCACUUUGGGUAGCAAUCCUGUGGUUGCCCGCCUUUCGUUUGACAAUUUUCCUCAAUGCAGUGAACACUUGAAACUUAAAAAUUAUAAAGCCCACGGGCGGGAUGAAGAUGAGACUCCAAAGAAACCCACAUCAACCAGCAAAAAUGUAGACUCCUGUAAAACAAAGACACAGCCUUUGCAUAAAGACAGACAAGGAACCUGUUUUUCCAAACCAACACCUGGAAAUGAUACGAACCAUGUAACACCAGCGUCUAAAUCUAAGGAGAGCUCCUCUCAUCCCCGAAAACGUUUUUCUUUAUCCAAACUACAGCGGCCACGUUCCUAUGACAUGCCCUCAACAUUCACUAAUCCCUACUCUCCCACAACGGGCCCUUCAGCAAUGACACUCGUGACCAAUAAGUGGCGGGACAGUUAUUUCUCCACCAGAAAGGACAAAAAAACUAGCGUGGGGACAGAGGAGGGCUUAAGAUCCACGAACAAUCCUGAUUUGCUGAAGGAAGCGAAACCUGGACGAAGUCAGCGUCGCAGGGCACCCAGACGGAGGAACAGCACCCAGGAAUCUGCAACCCCCUUGAUGAAGAAAACCAUGGAUGAAGCCAGAGAGUGGACAAAGGCCAGGAAUCGGGAUUCCUCAAGUGAACAAACAGACCACCGUGUGGGGAAGGGUUACAAAUGGAGGAAGUAAUCAAGGGAUGUGGUCCACGAAAGGCUCCUGCGGGCAGGAUAAGAAGUAUGGAUCCUUUCCAAAGCCCCGUCACUGGGAAAAAAAAUUGAGAACUCAGUGAAACGGCACUUACUGUUAUGUUUGGUUUUGUCUUUGAUUUUCCAAAGCAUUUGUGUGUAACACAGUAACAGACGAUGCUUGUAUUUGCCUGUAUUCUAAUAUUCUGUAUUUUUAAUGUUGUGUGUAAAUAUGUUCAUUUGAAUGAAAUGUCGUUACACUAUCUGUGAUAUUGUAUGUUACAUUUUUUAAUGUUAAUCUUUUUUACCAACUACCUCAUGUAUUAAAGUGGUUUUGCUCUGACUGUUCAAACUUGAAACUUUUGGUAUA